UCAUUUGUAAUCUCAAACAACACACCUUCCCUCACGGAAUGGGGAGACAUGACUUUAACUGCCGCUCUUUCUUGUUCUCUCGCCGUUGCUUCUCUUUCCGCCUCCGGGCUCCGCCGGAAUAAAUGCAUCUCCUCCAAGAUGCAUUCCUCCAACUUAUGCAUGCCCUUUUCCUUCCAUGAUCACCAACACCACUCUUUUUUAUUGCGAGUUGCCAAUGAUGGUGAUAGGACUGAAGUGUCUUCUGAUACCACAACCAAAACAUCAUAUUCAGAUGCUGAUAAGCUGAUUGAUGGUAUGGACUUUGGUGAGCUUUGCAAUGACUUUGAGUGCAUGAGUAGUCCAUUGGUAGAAUCCACAGCUAGACAACUUGUGCGUGACAUACUCGAGCUACGGGAGGGAAAUCGAGCACUUGGAACCUUUGCCGUUUCUGUCAAAUACAAGGAUCCUGUUAGGAGUUUUACUGGUCGUAACAAGUACAAAAGACCACUAUGGGCAACUAGUGCACUAGACAAUCCAUCUGUGACUGUGCAGGAAAUGGUCAUGCUGUCAACCAGUGUUUUAAGUAUCGAGUGGACGAUUAGAGGGAAGCCUAAAUCUUUUAUUGCAGGGGUAGGAGGAGAUCUCAUACUUCAAAUUACUUCCAAAUUUACUCUUAACCAAAUUAGUGGUCAAGUCAUUCUGCAUGAAGAAUUAUGGGACAUAUCAGCUUCAUCUGCUAGUGCUCAGGCAUUUUUCUGGACAUCGCGUGUUCUGUUUGCUACUACUGAAUCUGUAAAAGACUUGGCUGAUAGUGCUAAGAAUUUGAGUAGUAAAUUUCCAACCAAAAAAGAGAACUUGGAGAUUUAUCCAGACCCUUCUGGUGAUCCAACAAAGUUCUUCCAGAUGGACGACAGCUUUCAACGAGAUGCAUAUCAGAUUGCACUACUCCUAGCAGUUCUUUAUUUUGUGGUACAAUUUCUGAGGAUUACUUUGUAAAGCCUGUGCCUUUCCUGUCUUGUCACGAUCUGAACUUACAUCUCUUCAUUCACGAAUAUUUGUCAUUAUAAAGUGUGAUAAUCAGCUUAUACUCAAUAGUUGUUUUUUGUCAAAGUUACAAGCAGAUAUGUUCUCAUUGCGUGAAUGUAAAUUCAGACGUUUCCCUUAACAUUUUUGGCAGGCCAUAGUGCUGGUUUUUUUGAUACAACAGACACAAAGGACCAUUUGAUUAUAAUGAUAUAAAACAAACACAAUUAUUUAGGA